AUGUUGAGAAAGAUCUCCAUCCUCUCAGCUCUAGCCUUUAUUCUGAUUAUACAAGAGGUAUCUGUUGCCCCUGUGACCCAGGAACCAAGCACAGAAUCAAGCGAGGUAACAACUGUUGAAUCAAGCAAAGAACUGAGUGAUGGAGAAGAACCAAAUGCUGAACCAAGCUUAGAACCAAGUGGGGAGCCAAGUGCAGAACCAAGUGGGGAGCCAAGUACAGAACCAAGUGAGGAGCCAAGUGCAGAACCAAGUGGGGAGCCCAGCACACAACCAACUGAAGAGCCAAGUGGGGAAGCCAGUGGGGAAGCGAGCGGCGAAGCAAGUACAGAAGCAAGUGGGGAAUUUAGUGGAGAAGGAGAAUCACAUAUUGAACCAAGCUCAGAGCCAACUGUAGAGGCAAAUGAAGAGCCAACUGAAGAGUCAAGCACAGAGCCAAGUGAGGAACCCAACCCAGAGAUCAACCAAGAACCAGGAGACUUUUCAAGUGUACUGCCAAGUGAAGAAUCUCAUGGAGAUGUAAGCAAAGAGACAAGCACAGAAUCAGCCCUAGAACCAAGGCCGACUACGAAGCAGAUAGAGAUGUUGAGGAAGGACCUCACAUCCAGUACAGGCUCCAAAUCUUUUGCUUAUUCAUAA